GAUACCGGUGCUUCCGCUCCAGGAUCUACCAAGCAUUUAUUUUCAGAACGAGCCGUUGGAAGAGGAGAGGCAUUGUUUACCACUUCGUCGCCCCAACCCUCCCCGUCACGUGCAUAUCGUCAUCGCUUCGGAAGAUUUUUGUAUCGUCGCUCAGGAAAGGCCCACUUUUCCGGCUAGACCAUACCCCCCAAGAGAGAAGAAUAUUCUUCUUCUCCAUUCUGAACAAGUUACGGACAGUCGUGGUCUGUUUCGUUCAUUAUGGGGACGCUCAGGAACCGGAAGGUUGCCGGCCUGGCGCACAAGCUUGCGGUGGAAUCGGAGCCGGGCCUGACCAGCACCCAAUUGAUGUUGACCAACCAUGAUUUGAAACCCGUCGAACCCGGAAGGCGACAAUGGGGUCCUUGGAACUUCGUUGGUUUUUGGAUUGCUGAUUCUUUCAAUAUAAACACCUGGAUGAUUUCCUCGUCCAUGAUCGUGGCUGGUCUGAGCUGGUGGCAAUCGUGGCUCUGCGUCUGGAUCGGAUACUCCAUUGCAGCAGUCUUCAUCUGCAUGACUGGUAGAAUCGGUGCUACAUACCAUAUCGGUUUCCCCGUAGUCGCUCGCUCGUCCUUUGGUAUCUGGGGUAAUUUAUGGCCUGUUUUCAACCGGGCUGCGAUGGCUUGUAUCUGGUACGGUGUACAGUCCUACAUUGGUGGCCAUUGUGUCUAUUUGAUGAUCCGUUCAAUUUGGAAGGGAUGGAAUCGUGAAACGAUUCCGAACACGUUUAGUCCGGAUUCCGGAACCACGACUGCAGACUUCGUAUCCUUCUUCCUCUUCUGGGCCGGAUCACUACCCGCCAUCUGGUUCCCGGUUCACCAGAUCCGCCAUCUCUUCACCGUGAAAGCGUAUUUUGUACCAUGCGCCGGCAUUGCAUUCUUCAUCUGGGCGCUGGUUCGCGCUGGUGGCGCCGGUCCUAUUGUUCGCCAAGGAUCCACAAUCCAUGGUAGCGAACUCGGUUGGGCGUUCGUCAACGGCGUCAUGAGCUCCAUCGCGAACUUCGCUACCCUGAUUGUCAACGACCCGGAUUUCAGUCGUUUCGCAGGGAAACCGCGUGAUGCGCUCUGGUCCCAACUCUUCACGAUCCCGAUCGGCUUUGCCCUCACCUCGUUCAUCGGCAUCAUCGUCUCCUCCUCCUCCACCGUGAUAUACGGCGGCGAACCCAUCUGGGAUCCUCUCGAACUCCUGGAGCGAUUCAUCGACGAUGGUGGUUCCGGCCAACGGUUCGGCGUGUUCAUCAUCGCGGCGGCCUUCGCCCUCGCGCAGUUGGGCACCAACAUCGCCGCGAACUCCGUCUCCGCGGGAACGGACAUGACGGCGUUACUCCCCCGGUACAUCAACAUCCGCCGGGGUGGCUAUAUCUGCGCAGCGGUGGGCUUGGCGAUGAACCCCUGGACGCUGCUCACCUCGAGCAACCAGUUCACGACCUACCUCUCGGCCUAUUCGGUGUUCCUCAGCUCCAUCGCAGGCGUCAUGUGCUGCGAUUACUACGUGGUCCGCAAGGGGUACCUGGAGAUCAAGGAGCUCUACGACGCGCGGAAGACCGGCCCCUACUACUUCACCGCGGGGAUCAACUGGCGCGCCUAUGCCGCAUAUAUCGCCGGCAUCUGUAUCAACGUGGUUGGGUUUGCUGGUGCCGUGGGCACCGAGGUCCCCAUGGGCGCCACGUAUAUCUACCGGCUGAACUUUUUUACCGGGUUUAUCGUUUCGGCGGGCGUUUAUUGGCUUUGCUGCAGGUUUUUCCCCGUCCCCGCGUGCGCGGAGACGUGGAUGGAAGUCGGGGAUGAGAUUAACGAUCUCAGCGUCGUGUAUGACAAUAGCAGCGAUGCGUAUGACGAGGAAGUGGUCACUGGCGAGCCCAUGAAACUUAAGCAAGACGACAACACGAAAGUGUUCUAGAGGAUGUUUGGAUAGUUAGCUAUGAUAC